UUUUGUUUAUCUAAUAACGAAAUCUUUUCGUUUUUUAAAUUAUUUAAAUUAAAAGUUAUUUUAAAUUGGUGUUGAUGAAAUAUUUUCAAAUCUAUUGUUUUGUGUUUACCAAAAUAAAAUAUGGGAGUGAGCAAACUGAUUGCAUAUGUUUGAACAGAAUCAUAGCCAUCAUUUUGGUUAACCAUCAUUUAUUUAAUUGAAAAUUAUGCAAUGGUAUUUUGGCGCAAUUAUAGUUACUGCCACUGCCUACCUCGUUUACAAGCAGAUUAUUGAAGAAAAGUUGGAACCGAUCAUCAGGAAUCCACUAAACAAGACCGAUCUCCUGGAACCGUUUCUGGACAAGGUGUACAUAUUUGUUAAGGAGGACGGUAACUUCAUGGACGUGAUGGAAGAAAUCGGGACGACCACUUUGAGCAUGACUCAAGGUAAUUGUAUUGAAAGUAAACUGCACUUGACGAAAGAUAAUGGAGUUUAUUGUCUACACCGGAUAUUCCCUUAUAGCUCGCAAAAACUCUCGUUCAGAAUUGGGGAGCAGUUUGAAGAAACUACGUUGCAUGAGCACAAAGUGAAGUCUGUGAUAACGCAACGCAGAAACAAUUUGACUCACACUCAGUUCGGUGACGUCACCGUGGUCAUCGUUCGGUCGUUCACGAGUGAAUCUUUGCUUGUCGAGUACGUUGUGGAUAAAACUCACAGAACCGUCUUGCGAUACGAGUCAAAUGAUAUAUUUUAGCAGAGAGGAUGGAGGCCUCUUCUGGACAGCCUACGUAAUGACUCGUUAUCCUAGAGUGAUGUUGGUGAGGAGCUAUUAUAUUGUAUUAAUAAAUACAUUAAUUAACUUCCA